AUGACUACAGAAGCCAACAAUCUUCUCAGGAUGAUAACAGCAGCAACUAUGGAGAAUUGGAACGAAGAGCAGCCCCAGAUCCAAAGCCCCAUGAACGGAUCAGAAUCUGGCAGUCGGAACUUGAAGAGCCAGAUAACAUUGAACAAUUGUGAUGAAUGGGAGAUUAGCGAGUGGAUGGGAGGAAUGGAAGAAAGUAGUAGCGUUAGUGUUAGUAUAGAAGGAGUAGAGUUAGUAAGGAAAAAGGACCGUAGAAGAUUUGGAGAUGAGAAGAGAUGGGAACAGUUUAGUGGAAACGAUGAGAGUUUUCAGAAGAAGGUGAAAAGAAGUAAGGCGAUAGAAAAAGGAAUGGGAAAAGAAAUAGCUGAACAAAUGCGCAAGGACUUUAGGAUGAUGAAAGGAAGACGCUUUGACAAAAGUCUAGCAAUGUAUUGGGGAAAAGAAAUACUCACGAAACGCAGCGUGUCCAAGUUAGCCUAUCAAAUAAUCGGAAAAUAUGGAAGGAAGUUAAUGGUGAACGCCUACUUACUUUACGAAGGACUUGAUGAAGACUAUCAAUUCGACGAUCUAUCCUCCAGAGAAAUUUUCAGAAUGAAACUCGAAGAAAUAGAGGAAGAAAACAAGAAGCGCAGAACCUUGCAAGCACUCCACAAGCGGAAAUAA